GCAAUGCUAAGAAUUAAGAGAACUAAAUCUAAUGAUUAAACCGAUAUUAAAAUCACGGUUUUCCAUGCAAAGGUGCGAACUUUCCUGAUCUUAGGAAUGGAAUAUCCUUCAAAUUCAAAUGAUUGCAAAAGAAAAAGGAAAGGUAAUAGCAAUUAAAAGGAAGACCUAACCUGGACGGUGGGGUUGAACAUAGGAAGAAAGAGAAAUGUAGAAAAGAAACAAAGGAUUAUGGACAAAGUAGAAUUGGAAAGAAGAGUUUUUGCGGCAAUUUGCCUAUCAAAUAUUCAAAUCAGUGCUUUUAUUUUCUCUUUAUUAGGAUUAUUAUUAUUAUAUAUUUUUAUAUCUUUGGGCUAAUUGCGCCAAUUCUUCGUCUAAUUAGGAACUACUACCCGUUUUCCGCCUUUUCGGUUUGGGUCCAAAUCCCAAAUAAAUGAUACGUAAAGAUGGUGUGCGUUUCCUAUUCUUUCUCCGGUUUUGUCUUCUUCACUUUUUGUCGUUAUAUGUUGUUCCUACUGCCAACGGCGAUACGCCCCACACGACGCCGGAUGAAGAAAAUUGGUAUGGCAUUGGCAACAAACACAGCGUCCAAAUAAUGCCCUAAACCCAAAGAGGUAUGAAAGAGAAGUCCUUUCCUCCGAGCUAAACUCAACAAUGGAGGCAACACAAAAUAAGCAUAACGGCCAGGAAAGCCCUUCCAAUCCCAAUCCCAAUCGGCAGCCUCAGCCUCUCUCGAAGAGCGCCCAAAAGAAGCUCUUGAAGCAAAAGAAAUUCGAGGCGAAGAAAGCAGAGAAGAAAGCGCUAAUGAAAGAGCAAAAACAGAGGGACGCGGAGAGGAAGCGAAAAGAAUGGGAGGAGAAACUGGCUGGCCUUACCGAAGACGAGAGGCUGAAACUCAUAGAUUCAAGAAAAGAAUUGAGGAGAGAGAGAAUGGAGAAAAGGUCUGAUGAAAGAGGGCAGAAAAUCCAGAGGCUGAUCCAAGCCAAAGAGACUGGCCAAAACAUUGUCCUCGAUCUUGAAUUCUCUCAUCUCAUGACUCACUCUGAGAUCCACAGCCUUGUUCAACAGAUUAUGUACUGCUAUGCAGUGAAUGGAAGAUGUAGUUUUCCUGCUCACCUCUGGUUGACUGGAUGCAAAGCGGAAAUAGAAACUCAACUGCGAAGGAUCCCUGGAUUUGAUAAAUGGAUUAUUGAGAAGGAAAAUCAAUGUUAUAUCCAAGCGUUUUCAGAUCAGAAAGAUCAUUUGGUUUACCUUACAGCAGACUCCGAAACUGUGCUGCAUGAACUUGAUCCCACCAAAGUUUAUAUUGUGGGCGGAUUGGUGGAUAGAAAUCGGUGGAAGGGUAUAACUAUGAAGAAAGCAGAGGAACAGGGAAUUCGUACAGCAAAACUCCCGAUUGCAAGUUACAUGAAGAUGUCCAGUUCUCAGGUCCUUACUGUAAACCAAGUUAUAGAGAUACUCCUAAAGUUUUUGGAGACAAGAGAUUGGAAGGCUUCCUUCUUUCAAGUAAUACCUCAGAGGAAAAGAUAUGAAGCUGAUUCAGAAAACUGUGAAGAAGUAGAUGGAGAGGAAUGCAAGGAGGAAAAUGAGGAAUCUGAGAGGAAAAAGAAGUGCAUUGAAGUACUUUCUCAUGAAUAGAAAAGCUGGCAAAAUUUUGGCUUAUAUUGGCCCUUGCCGUUUCCUAUUACAUGGAACGCCUGUACAGGUGGAAAGCCAUUGCAUAAAAAUUGAGUAGUUCUGAAGUUCCAUUCCUUGCCUCCAUGUGCCUAUGGUGCUUCACGCAUUCUAAAACUUAAAUUGAACCUGUAGAAAAAUAGGCUUCGUUGUGGAUGCCCUGUUUUGAGCAAAGUUGCCAAUGCCAAGACCUCAUAGGGGAUACAUACCUCCGGCUUAGACUGAAUGGUUGGUGCCCAAGCCGUUAACAUAUAGUUUGCUGUCUUUGGGGAAUGCAACUAGAAAAUGAAAAUGAUUGUGGUGAAAGAUAUAAUGGCAUUUGAGACUUAAAUUAAGGCAAUGUAGGUUUUAAUGUCUCUCCACCCAAGGAUAUAAUUGAGUCCAGUCAACUUUAUACUCAAUUAAGGAAACUCAAAGAUGAAAGAUGAGUUUGACGGAAUUUCAAAUUUUUUUUUUAAAUUGAAUUUAAUCUGAGAUACUGAUUUAAUUCACUUUAUUUUAGUUCAAUUAUAGUCACAGCUUCAAUUGCAAAUUUGCUUUGCUUUUUUCUUUAUAUAUGUACAUACAUAUUUCUAUGCUAAAGAUUCGGUAUAAACGUACUAAAAAAAUAGAAUUAUCAAUUUAGAUCACUUUUAGUUUCAAAUACUCAAAAUUUUUACCAUAAAACUAUGAAAGAUGACGUGAUAAGAAUUGAGAGAUUCUAUAGGUAUACAUGCGCUUGUCGCCUGCUUCCAUAGCAUAGUGAUAGAGCGUUCGCUUUGUAAGCAAAUGAUAGUGCAUUCUUGCCCUAACUUAGCACACCAGGUAACUUCAUUUUUUCUGUGUUUACGUGUGUGUGU